UAGCGGUGGUAUCGGAGAAUGAGAGAGAUACUAAAGAACCAUCAUCGAACCACACAUUGGACCUGCCAGUCCUUUAGUUUUUAUUUAAAUUUCCUUGUUUCUCCAGGUGUGUUAUAGUAUCAGUUAAGAUGGCCACGUCCGCCAGCGCCAGCUUGAGUAAAACUAUCAAGCAGCAGUACAUGGAGCUCCCCCAGGGGGAUAAAGUCCAGGCCAUGUACAUUUGGGUUGAUGGAACAGGAGAGGGGCUCCGGUGCAAAACAAGAACUCUUGAUUUUGAGCCCAAAAGUAUUGAAGAUCUCCCUGAGUGGAACUUUGAUGGCUCCAGUACCUACCAGGCAGAAGGGUCCAACAGCGACAUGUAUCUGAUUCCUGCUGCCAUGUUUCGCGAUCCAUUCCGCAAAGAUCCCAACAAGCUGAUCCUGUGUGAAGUCCAGAAGUACAACCGCAAACCUGCUGAAACCAACCUUCGCAUCACAUGUAAUAAGGUGAUGGAGAUGGUGAGAGACCAGCAUCCCUGGUUUGGUAUGGAGCAGGAGUACACCAUACUGGGCACAGAUGGACAUCCCUUCGGCUGGCCAUCCAACGGAUUUCCUGGACCACAAGGUCCAUAUUACUGUGGAGUUGGAGCUGACAAAGCCUAUGGCAGAGAUAUUGUAGAGGCUCAUUACAGAGCAUGUUUGUAUGCUGGCGUCAACAUCUGUGGAACAAAUGCAGAAGUGAUGCCUGCCCAGUGGGAGUUUCAGGUUGGACCAUGUGAGGGGAUUGACAUGGGUGAUCAUCUGUGGGUGGCGCGCUUCAUCUUGCAUCGUGUCUGCGAAGAUUUUGGUGUUGUGGCAUCGUUCGACCCCAAGCCCAUCCCAGGAAACUGGAACGGUGCAGGUUGCCAUACAAACUUCAGUACAAAAGAAAUGAGGGAAGACGGCGGACUAAAAGCUAUUGAAGAGUCCAUCGAGAAGCUCGGAAAGCGUCACGAGUACCACAUACGUGCCUAUGAUCCUAAAGGGGGUCUUGACAAUGCCCGCCGCCUCACUGGCCACCAUGAAACGUCAAACAUUCAUGAAUUCUCCGCAGGCGUGGCCAACCGUGGUGCCAGCAUUCGCAUUCCCCGCAGCGUCGGCCAGGAGAAGAGGGGCUACUUUGAAGACCGACGCCCGUCAGCCAACUGUGAUCCAUACGGUGUGACCGAAGCUCUGAUCCGCACUUGUCUGCUGAGUGAAGAGGGCGAGGAACCAACGGAUUACUAAACCCGCAACUCCCAGACUGACUUUUGCCGCCCUCCCAAAUUUCUUUAAAAUAUACUAGUACUGUAUUUUUAUGUUUUUCUCCCACUAAGAUGAUUUUUAACUUGCAAUGAUAAUAAUUUAAAGUUGGCUGGUCAACUUGAAACAAGGUAAUGAGAUACUUGGUAGUUAUGAGCUGGUGAUGUCAGGGUACACCUCUCCUUGUGUCAUGAAACAGGGAUUGGCUUUUGUAACACUGUUCUUAGCCCAUGCCAUAUCAUUCCCUCUUUGUCUGUCUGAGACUAAAACAAACUAAAGCACAAGGACAUUGCAGAGUAGGGCAGCUAAGGCUGGACAACUUGUGUAAAAUGUAUAAAUGUGACUAGUUCUUGUGCUGUUGAUGUGUUGACCUGACUAUCCAGUCCUCAAUGUUACUAAUGUUCUCAUUCUAUGAAAUGUCUGUUUUUUUUAAUGAUGUUUGAUGUCCUCAAAUUCUGGCACAUUUUGGUCAACUUGUAUAGACUAGUAGAUGUCCCUGACAUGAGUUGUUAUAAAGUGGUGGCUCUUUCCAUAAUGCCAUUUGUAGAGUUUCCUCAAGGAGUUUUAUCCUUUUGUUAACUGCGAUAUAUUGUAAUGCACCUGAUUUGGUAAAACGUCAAGUUUACUGAACCUGGUGAUUUUUAUUGAUACAUUUAAAACAUUUAUUUUUAUCACAAAUACAUGUGUUUGAGUCUUG